AUGCGGCAGCUAACAGAAGGGUUCAAGACCGGAGCAUACUCUUGUAUAACUCCCAAAGAUGAUCUAGCGACCGAUGCCAAAAACAUACUAGAAUUAUGGAAGGAAUACUUCUCCAGCCUGCUGAAUGUCAGUGAAGGUAUACCGCCAGGAGAAGGCGAACCCGAUUCCCUAAUCGAUGACGAUGGAGCASAYSUUCCAUUGCCCGACCAUGAAGAAGUUSGAAUAGCAAUUACCYGUCUAAAGAACAAAACACGUUYGCUUGAACUAAAAGAAUGGAGUGCUAAACCGAAAUCGGUGAAACAACGUAAAAGACAGAUUGGUAUGGUGCGAGUACGAAAUUUAUUUCGGCGCGGUACCAAAAWAGAUUAUGAACAUUCGGGCAGUUUUUUAGAGGCCAUUGGACCAGUUUUGCUGCUCGCUCAGUUCUUCGCCUUGAUGCCUGUUUGUGGCAUAUUAUCGAAAACUGCUGCGAAGGUGUAUUUUUCGUGGAAAUCUGUACGCACCUGCUACGCAAUGCUGGUGAUUUUUUGCCUUGGACCGGCCAGCCUCUGYACCAUCGCCUUUGCUUUUCGCGAAAGAUUUAACUUCGAUACAGUGGAAGCGAUCGUCUUUUAUGUUUCAAUAUUUCUAAUUGCGAUGGCAUUUUUUCAAUUGGCUCGCAAGUGGCCGGCGUUAAUGGUGAAGUGGGAGAGUAUUGAGUCCAAGUUGCCGCCACUGAAAACGGAAAUGCAGAGAGCAGCGUUGGCUCAUCGCAUAAAAAUGAUCACUCUAGUGGCGACUAUGUGCUCCAUGGUAGAACACUUGCUUAGCAUGUUGGGCAUUAUUUAUUAUGUGAAUGCGUGUCCCACCAUGCCUGGGCACCCUAUCCGGAGUUUUCUAUACACCAACUGGUCACAGUAUUUCUAUUUCUUUGAUUACACUGAUUGGGCGGGCAUCUUCGGCAAAGUGUUGAAUGUAAUAUCGACGUUCGCAUGGAAUUUCAAUGACAUAUUCGUGAUGGCAGUGAGCGUGGCGCUCUCAGCACGUUUUCGCCAACUCAACGAGCAUAUGUUGCGCGUUGCUAAGCGGCCAACAAGCGAGAAAUUCUGGAUUGAAAAUCGCAUAAACUAUCGCAAUUUGUGUAAAUUAUGCGAAGCAACUGAUGAUACGAUUUCGAUAAUCACRCUGCUGUGUUUCUCCAAUAACUUGUUUUUCAUCUGUGGUAAAAUUCUUAAGAGUCUACAAAAGAAGCCAUCUUUUUCACAUACAAUGUACUUUUGGUUCUCUUUGGGCUUUCUCUUGAUGCGCACCUUAAUGUUGUCUUUGUAUAGUGCUGAAAUUAAUGAAGAAUCCAAACGGCCGCUUGUGGUAUUUCGGAGUGUGCCAAGUGUGUCCUGGUGCCGUGAACUUAAACGCUUCUCGGAAGAAGUGACCACAGAUGUUGUUGCGUUGUCAGGCAUGAAAUUCUUUCAUCUUACGCGUGGUCUUGUGCUUACGGUAGCCGGCAGCAUUGUAACCUACGAAUUGGUUUUAUUGCAAUUCAAUAAGGAGGAUAAAGUGAACGAUUGCUACGAAGCCGCGGAUGCGCGCUUACGUGUACAACAACAGCAAGAUGCRCGCAAGAAUCGACGAUUGUGGCGGCGUCAAUGCGAGCGCGGUAUACGCCGGCUUAGCCAAAAUGGCCCUAUUGCUAUCGCGACAUAUGCACCGCAGAAASCGAACCACAAAACUACCCUAAUUAGUCGUACCUGCAUGGAGUUUGCUGCUCAAAGGGAGCUCAUGCAACGGCAAAUAGAUAAACCACCAAAAGUUUUGGCCAAGUCGGUGAAGGAAGAUUUUCAACACGAUGGCAGCUUUCAUCAGGCUGUCGGUAAAGUGCUGCUCUUCGCCGAGUUCUUCGCCAUAAUGCCGGUCAAGGGAGUCACUGCGGUCCACCCACGGCAGUUGUCGUUUUCAUGGACAAAUAUCCGGACCUUAUAUUGUUUGUUGUUCGUAACAACGACAAUAAUUGAUUUGGGAUUGGCAAUGAACAAAGUGCUUCACAAACCAAUAAACUUCGACAGUGUUGAGCCGAUGAUAUUUCGUCUGUCUAUUAUUGUGGUUUGCAUCAGUGCCAUCGUAUUGGCGCGCAARUGGCCGGCAUUGAUGCUGGAUUGGUACGAAAUCGAAUGCGACUUGCCGGAGUAUUUAACGCAAAUGGAGAAAGGACGUCUGGCGUACAGGAUUAAUAUGGUGACAGUUGUGGCCAUGACGUUGUCACUCGCCGAACACUUGCUGAAUAUCUUAUCCAACAUACACUAUUCCAAUUAUUGUCCGCAGACCGAGGACCCAAUCGAAAACUACUUUAUUUUGACCAAUCAGCAUUUAUUUAUGAUUUUCUCCUACUCCGUACCGUUGGCUAUUUGGGGCAAAGUGCAGAACAUACUCUGCACCUUUAUCUGGAAUUAUAUGGAUGUCUUCGUGAUGAUUGUUAGCAUCGGUUUGGCAGCAAAAUUUAGACAGCUCAACGAUAACUUAUUCAAGUUCAAGGGCAUGCGUAUGCCCGAGAUGUACUGGUCGACGCGACGCAAACAAUACCGGAACUUGUGCGAGCUCUGCACACGCAUUGACGGCGCCAUUUCGCUCAUCACGAUGAUAUCCUUCUCGAAUAAUUUGUAUUUCAUUUGUGUGCAAUUGCUACGUAGUCUUAAUAAAAUGCCAUCGCUCGCCCAUGUCGCGUACUUUUACUUCUCGUUCUUCUUUCUUAUCGGCCGCACGUUGGCCGUUUCAUUGUAUUCGGCCAGCAUCAAUGAUGAGUCACGGAAGCCGUUGCGCGUGCUACGUUGCGUGCCGAAGGAGUCUUGGUGCACUGAGGUGAAACGCUUCUCGGAGGAUAUUAGCACCGAUUUGGUUGCAUUAAGUGGCAUGAAAUUCUUUUAUCUCACACGGAAAUUGGUGUUGAGCGUUGCUGGCACUAUAGUGACAUAUGAGCUGGUACUUAUACAAUUCCAUCAGGAUAGUAAAAUUGCAGAAUGUGUUAGCAGCAUACGUACACUGUCAUCUUCAGGCAACAACACAUUGGAUUGA